GCCGCGGGGCCCGCUUCCGGCGCGGCCGGGCGACCUCCGCGGGCGAGGUGGGCAGUGAGCUAGGGCGGCUGGGGCGGCGGCCGUGCUCGGGGUUCCGCGCUGCUGCCUCGGGCCCCGGGCCCACCCCACCGCCUCCGCCGCCGCCGCCGCCAUGGGCAAGAAGCACAAGAAGCACAAGACCGAGUGGCGCUCGUCGUACGAAGAUUACACGGACAAGCCCCUGGAGAAGCCGCUGAAGCUGGUCCUCAAGGUCGGAGGAAGCGAAGUGACUGAACUCUCGGGGUCUGGCCACGACUCCAGUUACUACGACGACAGGUCAGACCACGAGCGAGAGAGGCACAAAGAGAAGAAGAAGAAAAAGAAGAAGAAGUCGGAGAAGGAGAAGCAUCUUGAUGACGAAGAAAGGAGGAAGCGGAAGGAGGAGAAGAAGCGCAAGCGGGAGAAGGAGCACUGCGACACGGAGGGGGAAGCCGACGACUUCGACCCCGGGAAGAAGGUGGAGGUGGAGCCGCCCCCCGACCGACCAGUGCGAGCCUGCCGGACGCAGCCAGCUGAAAACGAGAGCACGCCUAUUCAGCAACUGCUAGAGCAUUUCCUCCGCCAGCUGCAGAGAAAAGAUCCUCAUGGAUUUUUUGCUUUUCCUGUCACGGAUGCAAUUGCUCCUGGAUACUCGAUGAUAAUAAAACAUCCGAUGGAUUUUGGGACAAUGAAAGACAAAAUUGUAGCUAAUGAAUACAAGUCAGUCACGGAAUUUAAGGCAGAUUUCAAACUGAUGUGCGAUAAUGCGAUGACGUACAACAGACCAGACACUGUGUACUACAAGUUAGCGAAGAAGCUCCUUCACGCAGGCUUUAAGAUGAUGAGCAAAGAGCGGCUGCUGGCUUUGAAGCGCAGCGUGUCGUUCAUGCAGCACGUGGAUUUCUCUCAGCAGGCAGCUCUCCUGGGCAGUGAGGACGCCGCUGCUGAGGAGCCUGCUCCCGAGGUUGUGCCUGUGCAAGUAGAGACUGCCAAGAAAUCCAAAAGGCCGAGCAGAGAAGUCAUCAGCUGCAUGUUUGAGCCAGAAGGGAACGCUUGCAGCCUGACCGACAGCACGGCAGAAGAGCACGUGCUGGCCCUGGUGGAGCAUGCAGCUGACGAGGCUCGGGACAGGAUCAGCCGACUCCUCCCAGGCAGCAAGUUGCAGCCUCGCCAGUGUCGCAGUGGUGCCUUUGUCCCCAGAGGGUCCAGCUCGGGAGCACGUGCUGCAGUCCUCACUGGCCGCUGGUACCUGCUGGCCAUGUCUCCUGGGAGGGAGGGACGGGCUCCGGGCACCUCUCGGGCAGGCCCCUCGCUCACAGGAGUGAUGUGUAGUGUUUGGACGCCUGCGGUCGGGUCCCGUCGCCUGGGUGUUGACCUUCGUCACUGGAUAGAGGCGGAGCCCACCAGGCUUCUCCACUGUCUCUGUCUUGUUGAAGCUUCGGUAGGAAUCUCUGCGGUGGUGGAAGUCACGGGCCGUCCCUCGGCGGACGGGCUCAGGCGCACUUCCUUGCAGAUGGGCUACCUAAAGAAGAACGGAGACGGCAGCCUGCUCUACAGCGUGGUCAACGUGGCCGAGCCGGAUGCUGACGAGGAGGAGACCCACCCGGUGGACCUUAGCUCGCUCUCCAGCAAGCUGCUCCCCGGCUUCACCACACUGGGCUUCAAAGACGAGAGAAGGAGCAGAGUCACGUUUCUCUCAAGUGCCAGCACCGCGCUGUCAAUGCACAAUAACUCAGUGUUUGGUGACUUGAAGUCGGAUGAAACGGAGCUGCUCUACUCUGCCUACGGAGACGAGACGGGUGUGCAGUGCGCACUGAGCCUGCAGGAGUUCGUGAAGGAUGCUGGGAGCUACAGCAAGAAGAUGGUGGAUGACCUCCUGGACCAGAUCACAGGCGGGGACCACUCACGGAUGCUCUUCCAGCUGAGGCAGGUUGUAAGAGAAGAAGAAUUUGCUACAGACGGCCGUGGCCUGAACAGCCCCAAACACUUGCCCCCUGGCCCUUCAGGGAGAAAGUCACCAACUGCCGCUCUAGCUGCCCUCAGAUUUUAACCUUUACAACUCAUUUUCACCAGUGCAUUUUUCGUGUGUCUCAGUGUGUUUUUCUUUGUGCUUAUUCUGCUUAACGUUUGCUGAGCUUCUUGGACCUAUUGGUUUAUAGUUUUCAUUAAGCUUGGAAGAUUUUCAGCCAUUAGUUCCUCAAGUGUCAUUUCUGCCCAUACCCUUCUUUCAUCUUUUCUCUGGGACUUUGACACAUGUGUUGGAUGUUUUGAUAUGUUCCACACAUCACUAGUGCUGUCCUAAUUUUUUCAGUCUUUUUUUCCCUCUUUCAGUUUCAAUUGUUUCUGUUGCCGUGGCUUCACAUUGAGUGAUCUUUCUUAUGCUGUGUCUGAAUCUAUUGUUAAUCCCAGCCAGUGAAUUUUUCAUUUGAGAUACUGUGUUUUUCAUCUCUAGAAUUCCGUUUGGACUUUUUUGCUUAUAACGUUCUCACGUUAUGUUCAUGUUUUCCUUUAAAUCUUGGGCACAUUCAUAAUAUUUAUUAUAGCUGCUUUCAAAGUCCUUCUCCGCUAAUUCUAUGAUCUCUGGCGUUUCUCGAUCUGUCUCUAUUGGCAGAUUUUCCUCUGGUUAGAGGCCAUGAUUUGCUGCUUCAUUGUUUGGGUUCUAGAUAUUAUGCUGUUGAGUCUAGACUGCACCAAUAUAGCAACCACUAGCCACAUGUGGCUACUGGGAAAUUUGGAUGUUACUAGUCUGGAUUUAGAUAUGGUGAAAGUAUGAACUACAAACUAGAACUUGAAAGACUACUCAUGGCGUCGCCCCGUGGCCGAGUGAUUAAGUCCGCGCACUCUGCUUCGGUGGCCCAGGGUCUCGCCGGUUCCACUUCUGGACGCGAGCAUGGCACCGCUCUUCAAGCCAUGCUGAGGCGGCGUCCAGGGGCUCAACCAGAAGGACCUACAACUAGAAUAUACAACUAUGCCCUGGGGGUUUUGGGGAGAAGAAGAAGAAGAAGAUUGGCAACAGGAGUCAGCCCAGGGCCAAUCUUUGGGAAAAAGAAAAGAAAGGCUCGAGGAAGAGGAGGAGCUUGGAGCCUCUCUUCAGCAGGAGCCCUUUAGAGACGUUCGCGACGGGGCUGUAAGACGCCUCAGUGAUGUUAUGUGGACUACAUGUUUGAAUAAAAAUGCUUUCACUGUAUUAGAUUAAGUGAAAUAUGUUAAGAUCAAUUGCACGUUAAGAUUAAUUUUAGUGUGGAUACUAGAAAACUUAAAAUUAGGUGUGUGGUUACAUUAUAUAUUUGUUGGACAAGGCGGGUCUGGAUGUUAUAGUCUUCCUUUAGAGAACGUUGAUGUUCGUUUUGGCAGAGUGGUUACUUCUGAGUCACCUGAUCCUCCUGGCGCUUGUUUUAAGCUGUGUAGGGUGGGUCUGGGCAGCCUUCAGUCUAAGUUUCAAUGAGGCCCCUGCUCUGGCCUGGUGGAGUUGGGGCCUAUCUCGCCCGGCGUGCCUGGCUCUGUAGCAUUUCAUCUGUACCUGCACAGGUUGGCAUCAGCCAGGCUCGAGGUCCCUCCGGGAUGUCCAGAGCCCCUGCUCUCUAGACUGUCCCGCCAGCUGUGAUCUCCCACUCUUCCGCUCGGCACGGCCGCCAUGCUCUGGGUGCUGUUCUCUGCCCUGCUGUCUGCAGGUUUCCUCCGGCGCUGCCUCUGGGCACAGCACCUGAAGCAGGCACCUCCACACCGUGUGGCAGACACAGCGGGAGGCCCUAACAUGUGCUGGCAGCUCAGUUUCCCCUCUAGAUUGCUUUCUAGAUUUUCUGCAAGGGAACUUGUGCUGCAGAGUUUCAUAAUUUUAGAUGUGCCACAGCACUAAAUAACGUAUGAUACUAAAGUGUAUACGUUAGCGGAAGCUUGUAUGAGGUAACAGACAUGAAUGAUGGCAGUAUUUCUUUUUCUGCUUACAAGUUUGUGAAAAUCAUAACACAGGUGAAUCUCAGAAACAUUACUUUGAACAAAAGGUCACAGGUAAAAAGUGUGCAAGCUGAAUAGCUGUUUUUUUUAGGUAUGUACACAGGACUAGGGUAUUUUUAAGGUAAUGCUCCUACCAGAUUGCAAGACAGUGGCUCAGUACAGCAUUCAGGCUGUGAUCUCUGCACGAGGUGGUCACAUGUGCCUGGGUCCCGCUCAGGCUGUGGUCACACACGUGGUGGUGAAGGCUAAGUCCUCUUCCAGACACUCUGUAGGCCAAGAAGGACACAUGGCCCCAUAACCCUGCCCAUCUCGGGGGCGGGGGCACCGUGAGGGUCUUGCCCCAUCAGGAUUUGAACUGGUCCCGGUGCCUCUCAUCUUCAGGCUAAACCACCAGACCCAGUGUUUUUCCUGAGCUGCCCUUGAGACACGGGGUACAAUGUCUGACAUUUUUGUUUUUAGCCAUGCGAGGUUCAGGAACAAGGUUGGGUGUCAUCUCGCUCCUCCUCCUCCUCCAUUUUGUCUUAGGGUGCUCUCAGGCACUCAGCCCCAGGGUCUCGGGGGUGCUACGUGAUUCCGGCCCUCGUGGGUCCCAUUAGCUCUUUCUCUCACACUGUGCCAGCUGUCGAGAAGCCCGCAGGGCCCGGCCCGGUCUUUCCAGUGUAGUUAUGAGCAUGAGGACAGCCCCAGUAGUAGUGCCUGUGCCGGUUUUACUUCACGUGGGUACGUGAUGUGAGGAAAUCUUCCUUCUAUAUGAAAUCGUUUUGGAAAAGCUGGUUUCUUUCUUGUUUUCU